UUUUGCCGCUCAGACUUCCGCGCGGCGAGUCCUGGUACGGAGAAGAAACAGUCCGUUUUGGGGAUUAUAAUACAAGUCUUUGGCUCACAGUGAUCUGAUCUCUGCUACAUAAUCAUGCCUGUGUCACGUAUGCGCAUGAGGCCGUGGCUGGAGGACAGACUGGAUUCCAACUCGAUUGCUGGAUUAGUGUGGCUGGACAAGGAAAAGAAGAUCUUUGCAAUUCCUUGGAAGCAUGCUGCCCGGCACGGUUGGGAGAUGGAAAAAGAUGCUUGUCUUUUUAAACAGUGGGCAAUUCAUACAGGGAAGUACAAGGUGGGAAUGUCUAAUCCAGACCCAAAAACAUGGAAAGCAAAUUUCCGCUGUGCAAUGAACUCACUUCCAGACAUCGUAGAAGUAAAAGACAGAAGUGUCAACAAGGGAUGCGGGGCAGUACGUGUCUACAAGAUGCUGCAAAAUGUUUCCAAAAACAGAGAAAAGAGGUCAAGGACAAAAGAUGCUAAAUCCAAGAAUAAGAACAAGGAUGCUGCAUUAAAGGAGGAAGUCCUAGAAGAGUCUGAUGCCAGUCCUCUAGAAGACCACAACAAUUACACGAAACAGAAUGAGGAAACCACACCUCAAGCCGACAGCACCCAACACGCCUUUUUCCAAGACUUUUUAACUCAACAUGGCUCUACGUGUGACGACUCUUCUGACUGGUCCAGCCCUGAGCACAAUCAGGGACACAAUUUUCAGGUGUCACCUAACCACACAACAGAUUUUGAUGCCAUGUCUGAAGAGCUCUUUCAGAUUACACAGCAGUUUGAGUGGGAGCAGUUGCAGAGCACAUCCAUGAGCAGCUUCAAUGUACAGAGCAAUGUGGUUGACAGCACAGACUCUGCACACAGCCCUGACAGCCACUGGAGUGAUACAUCUGGACAAGAAAUUGAGCUUAGGUUUUACACCGAACUUCACACAGAUGAGACUUUGCAGCGAAGGGAUGGAAUGACAGAACUUGAGUUUCCUGACAUGUCUGGCUUGUAUGAAUCCUGGUCAAGCUCCACUGUUCUCCAGCAAAUCUCUUGACCAGUCUAGACUAUGGAUCCUAGUGCAACUUCAUGACCUCACUUAAAAAACGCAGAAAAAAAAAAAAAAACCCAGGACGUUUUAUUCGUCUUGUUCCCCGAUUUCUGCCAUGCCAGAGGACAUGCAGCUUUUUGCCGUUGUGGCCUGGUAACUUGUAAUUGUGGUACCGAGAUACUACCUGUUCAGAAACACUCUGGAAGGACAGUAGCAUUGCAGGUGACAUGGCGUCACUCAUGCAAGCAUGUGGAGGUGUGACUGAGAGAUGGGGUAGGAGAAAGAAAAGAAAGUAGGCUGUUCUAACUUGUUAGACAAUUCAGAAAUGCAUGCUUUCUGGCCUUUUCCAUUCAAAGUCCCACCUUAAGGAAAGCACUGCACACAUGCCUGUCUCCAUAUUACCUGCCAGUGUGACAUCCAGGCUUGUUUACCAUUACCAGCUGUACUGUGUGAAUUCCCUGGUGUAUGUGUUGUGGACAUGCACAGCUUUUCUCUUUUUUAUUCGUGUUCUAAAUGCACUUUAUUCUUAUUCAGGCUUUUAUUGGACAUCUCAUGGAAUGAUUGUGAAUUUUGUACAGCUUACCUUCUGCUGUUGUGUAAGAGAAAGCACAUUAAGCCAUUCGUUUUCAUCUGCUUUUUGGAAAGAAGAUUGUCAGGAUAUAUUGAAAAUUCCGAGUUUAUGAAAGUUAUUUUACUGUUUCAUGUGUCCAGCCAAAAUGUACAAUUGUAAAUAUGUAAAGAAGUGU